GUGCAUUUGUGUUAUAAUCACUGCUAGAACUUUGAGUAUCAUGCACCUUAAAUUUGGUUUUUCGUUUGCUUUACGGAAAAUUCCGGGUUAUUCUUUAUUUGGAGCAUUGCGAUAAUCGAGCAAUAUCCAGUCAGUGGUGUCAAACAAUUUUCAUACGUCAAACCGUCAUAUCACAACGCUCCGACUGGUGACUAGUGAAAUUUGUUGACAAUUUCGGGAGCAAGUCCUGCUUUACUGAUUUUCAAGAGUAUUCGUGUUGAUAUAUUUAAUUUCAACAUAUAUCUUAACUGCUUCCCUACAGGGAAGUAUAAUUUUUCCACAGUUUAUUCCGUAAAUGACCUUGAAGCAAAAUUACACCCAUUGCUUUUAAAAAAUAAGGUUAGGUUCUACUUCCACUUCAACCUUCAACAAUCACCAUAUUUAAUACCAUGCAUGCGUUUGCCCAGCAAUCGAAUCACUUAUUGCCUCUAUUUCUUCAGGCUACGCUUACAUGAAUGGGGACAUUGCCAAACUACCCGCGGGGGGUGCGGUGUACGGUGGCAGCAGCAGCACAGGCCCCGAAACAGCAGCGGCGACCGGUGCAGCUCUGCCCUCCACAACCAGCAACCCCAACCAUUACCACGUUCACCAAGAAGAGUACCCCACCGAACAGCAUCAACAGCAUCCAAUGGUCAACGGCGUAGCCGAGACUGUCACCGCCGCCACAGAUACACCACCGACAGAUGGCGCCUGUGGGGGCGGUGGUACACCGCAGAUACUUCACCAGCCGGAUACGGUGGCGGGUGGUACUGGCACGGGUGCGCAGGUGGCGGCAAUCUCAUUACCGCCCCAUUACCAGCAACAACACCACCAGACGACAACGUCUGCAAACUCCACGACACCAUCGGGUUACCCUCUGUCACAGCUCAAGCAGAUGCUGUCGCAGCAGUUAGAGUAUUAUUUUUCUAGAGAAAACUUAGCCAACGACACAUACCUCCUCUCCCAAAUGGACAACGACCAGUAUGUGCCGAUAUGGACGGUGGCUAACUUCAACCAGGUGAAAAAGCUGACCAAGGAUAUCAAGCUGAUCACCGAGGUGCUGCGUGAGUCCCCGAAUGUCCAAGUAGACGAGGAGGGCAUCAAGGUGCGACCCAAUCACAAAAGGUGCAUCGUCAUACUUAGGGAGAUACCAGACAACACACCCAUCGAGGAUGUCAAGAAUUUAUUCUCAGGCGAGAACUGUCCUCGCAUGAUCUCGUGCGAGUUCGCACACAACAGUUCAUGGUACGUAACUUUCGAAUCGGACGAGGACGCACAACGUGCGUACAGGUAUCUCAGGGAGGAGGUGCGCGAAUUCCAAGGCAGGCCUAUUAUGGCCCGGAUCAAGGCCAAACCAAUGAACAGGUUGCCUAUGCCUGCGUCGAUGGCUGUCGCUGCAAAGAACGGCUUCCGCGUGACACCGCCGCCGGGACCCCCAGGGGGCCCUCCCCCGCCAACGGCAGCUGCCGCCCAAGCUGCGGCGGUUGCAGCUGCAGCGGUUGCCGCCCAACCUCAGCCGCAAGUGCCGCCUCCGACGGCGGUGUUCGAUCCUGCCGCCUUCCCACCCGGACAGCAAAGGUUUAUCUAUGCUAAUGGCACUCCAGGGCAACCCGUGGCUGCUUACAAUCAAGUUCUAUACCCGUCGUACGCUCAACAGCAGUUCUUUGCGUCAGUGGCGUGGCCUCCUAGCGCAACAGGUUAUUUCGACAUCAGCAGCGUGUUCCAGGUGAACGGAUUGGCACCUCAGGGCUUCAAGCAUCCCUCGCAAACCUACGGCGGAGGUGGUGGAGGAGGGGGCGGUAGACUAGGCGGGGGUGGUGGGCAGGGAGGGCAAAAUAGGCCGAGAAAGCAGUCCAGGGGCGGGCCGAACAUGCAGGGGCAGGAGCAGGGCUCCUCGCAAGGCAGCAACCGGCCGUCAACGUCCCAACAGUCAUCUCGGCCUCUGUCACCUCAAUCUGGUAACGGUGGCAAAUUACACGGCAACAAAUCGUCCAUGGUAGAUGGCGCCAUACCGAAAGCUCAUUCCGUAGCCGGACCAGCAGCCGUCAGUAUCAACGAAUUGCACCAUGAGGUUCAUAUCGCCGCUGGCGGCGCACCUAUCGGCCUACCAGUAAUCCACGCAACCGCAGUAGCGGACGGCUCAAUGGUCGACAUGUACAGGUACAUCCCGGCGGGGGCGGUGGCUACCCAACCGCCCCCGGCUUCAGCGAUGAUGAAAGAGGCGGUGCCGCCACGACACCGCAGGAAAAAGCGUGACGACGAAAACACCGUGGGCGGCACGAUGACGUCGCAGGCCGCCGCCGCCUCCGCAUGCAUGCAGGGUGGUGCCUCUAGUGGUGUCGCUGCAGGAGCGGGGGCGGUCGCCUCUAGUCAGUUGCAGCGAGGCGGGGGCGGCGGUGGAAGCAGCGGUGAUGCGCAAAUGAGUGGCGGUAACAGUACGAGCGGUGGUGGGGGUGGCAGGCAGCAGGCGCAGUUUGAUCUCGUCGAUGAGGCGUUCCCGCCUUUACCAGGCUUGGAUGCGAACCAUCACCAGCCGUCCAAACACCACCAUCAUCACCACCACAAUCACCAACAGCAGCACACCCACCAGCAACACCAUCACCCUGUGACAAACCACAUAGACUCCGGCCAACCGGCGACGGUGGCCGCCUCCGGCAACACGACUGACCACUCGCACGGGGGCGGCGGUGGAUGGGGAGAAAACAGACUGGCCGACGUCGUCAAAGGCACCGUCAGGAACAAAAACAAUUCGGCAGUGGCCACUGCAACGAAUACCGCCUCCACGACGUCGACGAUAGGCAGCAACGGAAAUUAUAACAGUAGUAAAGAAUCAAGUAGUGUCGGCUGUGAUGACUCUCCUAGGACUGUAUCGCCGCACCAAAUGCAGCAACAGCAGCCAGCCUUUGCUCAGUCUUCUUCUAGGCAGAAAGACUGCAAAGACGCCUCCACGGAUAGUAGUGAUGUUCAACUAGACAACAAUAUGCCAGUUACGCUUACACCGCCUAGCUCACCCGAAAAAAUAAUCCCAGUGUUGUCGAUGAAGUGCACGAUGGCGGACAAAUCGACGAAAACGGACGACGCGCUGCUGAACGGCCAAGGGGGCGGCGACGGCGGUUCCGAAUGUUCCGCAGGCAGCGGAGGCGGCGCUUCCGCAACCUGCCCCACCACCACGAAUGCCGCUACAAUGACGACGACGUCGAUAGCGCCGGUUGCCAUGACGACGACGCCCAAAUCGGCGGCCGCCUCCAAAGGAGCGGUACCGCUCCAGGUGUACCCGUCGACAAUGGAGGCGGCCGCGCUGGCCGGUGGGCUUCCGUCGCCACCACUUAGCGGAAAGGACUCGUAUUCGGUGGCGGCAUCUACGGGCGGUUCCAUCAACCCGCCCCGCAUGAGUUACGCUCAGGUGGCGCAGCAUCACAAGGACGCACACAAGGCAGCCGUCGCGGCGACCCAAACUUCAAAUACGUCAUCUAUAAAGUCGGUGGACGCAGCGAAUAGUGUGUCAACCGGAAGCAAAACGACCACAGCUGGCGGCACCACUGUCCCGUCUUACCGAUCGACGAUGCAGGAGGGCAGGGAUAACCCAAGUUCGCGCGGAGGCAGUUCGGAGAACGGGUCAGCCCAUGGAAACAAUCAACAGCAGAGCAGGUACAACGGUCCCAGCGGCCCUCGAGGCGGAGGCGGUCCGAACAGACCAGGCCACGAGAGGACCGGUGGCGGUAUGGGGCGGCGCAGGCCGGGCGAGACGCGCACUGCCCAGUUGCGCGAUUUCGUCACCGCCGCCCCCAGAUCGCCAAAGUAACCGCCCUCCCCAGGUGGACACAGGUACAGGAUGCUGUGUUGUCGUCGAUGUGUUGUGCGUGCAAGCAAUGAGCUUGCAAGGGAGAGGGUCGCAAACCUGUUAUUGGUUGUUAGCUUUUGCUCUAAAAUGAGGCGUCGUUCAGUUUUUUGGCAGUUGAGCAGUAAUAAUGCACUCAGUGUUGCUGUAAGGGUUGCCUUAAAAUAUCAUUAUUAGCUAUUAUUAAGGAAAGGUCAAUAAUGGUUUCUUUAUUGUUCAUUAUUUUUCUUCGAUUGCAAAGAUGUCUAGUUAGGUUCCAUUGAAAAGUAUCAUCUUCAUACAGUAGGUGCCCCAAUUUUUUAACCAAGCCUUUUUACCUGAAAGGACAAUAAAAUAUAAUCACUUUAUGUAUUAGUGUUUUCUCUGUUUUCACGCUUCCUAUAAGCGAUCAUCUACAUAGUUUGUAACAAAUCUCGACAGCAAAUGUCUGUUGUGAUGUUGAUACACACAGAGCUUGUUUUGUUAUAUUUGAAGCGACAGUUUUAAAUCUUAUGCCAUUUUUUAAUAAUGAGUUAGAUGUAUAUUUACUGAGCUUUGCUUCCCUUGCAACAGCAUUGGGCCAUUAAGAAAUGGACACGCUUCUUAUUUUCUAAGUUGUAGUUGUAAUACCCUAUAUAUCCAAAUUGUCGAUUGGAUUCUUAAUGAGGGGUAAAAAUAAAGGAAUAUUCAUCUGCAUUUCUGCUUAGCUGUCAAUCACAACAUUAGUCGGCUCUAGACUUGGUGAAAAAAGUGACGCCGCUUUUUACCUCUCCUGCCGCUGCAGUUCGUCUGUGAAAAACAUUUUUACUGCCCCGCGAACGUUCGAAAAAUAGACAAAAGCAUUUAGUGGUGUUUAUAUAGACCUUGCUAAAUAUCAUUUUGUAAUAUUAACUUUACGACUUCUUCACUUGUGCGAGUCAUAUGUUCCUAGCCGUUGAGUAAGUGCUGUUGAAUAUUGAUAUGUUUUUUUAAAAAUAUUGGAGGAAGUAUGGUAUAUGAGGUGAUUGGUUAUAGGAGAGCGGAUUCAAACCGGAUUCUUUAAAGCGUAUUUCCGGUAAAAUACCAAUAAAGUUACAUGUCAUAUAGAGAAAAAAAUGUUUGUCAAUGGUCCAUUCGAAUCACUUGAGUUCCAAUUUUUUUUGUUAAUGUUUUUUAUACACUUAUGUAAUAUCUUUCGAAAUUGUUCCACAUUUUUCUGAAGAAAUACAACUCCAGGCAAUGACACAUGUAUACCCUAUUUCACGAGUAUCCAUCACGGUAGAAUGACAGCAGGUUAUCUAGUAAUAUUCCAAAAUUCCCCAUAUCGCCAAAGGACACAUAAUUCUGACUGAUCCGUCAAUGCCACUUAGACAGCCAUACUUUGUUUUGUUUUUUUGUAGGCUACAGAUUCAUUCUGUAGUUGCUAAAAGCUCUUUUAUUUGGAAAAGUUCAUUUGCAUACAAAAAACAAAAUGCUACAAAUUUUUGCUAGAUUUACACCCGAUUCAUUAUGGCCAAUGUUGCAGUUUAACACAAAAAUUUGGCUUGCUGAUCAGCUGUUCACCUCAGUAGACCUCAAAGCGUGAUGGAUACUCGUGAAAUAGGCUAUAAGCAUUUCAAGUAAUUAGUAUUGGUAUUGGCGCUAGAAUAGGAUUCGGUUUUUGCAUCAUUUGUACUAGUCGAACAUGUAAUGCCAAAAAUCUCACUAUUAGCGUGCAAAAGUAUUCUAACCAGCACCCAAUUGUAGCGUGCAUUGCAUAGGGCGUCGCAUUUUGUAAUCUUUAUUCUAGUCAACACUUGUUGCAGCUUACACUUUACAAAAAAUUACUUUUGAAAAAAUGUAUACAAGAUCAUGGAUGCAUUUAAAAAUUUUCAGUUUCAAAUCCGUUUACAUCAACAUAUCUUUUUUGCCAACACACAUGUCUUAUGAUAAAAGAGAUCCUAAAUUCUAGCCAUUUAAAAACGUGUUCGAUUGGGACUAAUGAUUAAAAAAUCCGCUCAAAAUUUAUGGCAAAAUUUCGGUAUCGGAUUCAUCUACGAAUUUGAGAAUGCUUUAAUGAUUUGGAAGCUUGGGCUUUUGGUACUAAGAAAAUAGAGCUGAAAUCAGCUCGAAUUUAUUUGUUAAGUUCGAAAAAUGAAUUGCCAAAUUGUCAAUUCGCAUACAUUUAUACUCUGCAUUGAUCACCUAAUUAUAAAAUUCAGAAUGUGUGUAUUCAUUAUUUAUUUUUUUCAGUUGACAAAGCAAUGAUUAGUUUUGUUUAGUUCAUUUACUCUGACUUUCCACUUGUUAGUUCCAAAUAGGAAUCGCUCCAUACUUUUGACUACAUUUUUUAUUCAACCAUUUGUUGGUAGGAAAAUGUCCGUUUUUCGGCUAAUUCAGUGCGUAACGGUGCUUCCAUAUCUUCCUCAAUUUUUCACAGGGUAGAAUUGUAUAACCUCCGCACAUAUAUGAGGGGGAGUCUCAAAAUUCGCAUGAAUCCUAGCCGUAACUAACUUUGCCAUUUGUGUUCGCUGUGAAUUCUUCAUCGAACAAUAUGUCUAGUGCAGUCGAAUAAGGUGAACUUCAACAACCUCUGUAUAAAAAAGGAAAGCCAAAAUAGUAUACAUACGAUUACGUGUCCACUAUUCAAGGUAUGGAAGACUACAAAUUGAUUUUGGAACUACCUACCUCUACCUAGUGCGUUGUUGACAUGGCCUUCAACCGUAGCUCAAUUAUUUUUUCGAAAUAUAUGGCGGCUAACUGAUCUGGACCGGUAUUCUCGUUUUUUCCUUGAAAACGAUACGUUUUCGUUAGCGAAUCAUGUACGCCACAAGCCUUACGCCUUUGGUUAAGGUACUGUUGGUUGAGAGGAAUGGCCGGCACAUCAACUAGAGGACAGUAUGUUUUAUUUACUGACAUUAUAAUAGUUAGUUGGAGAAUAAAUUAUUUUAUAACAAAAGGCACUGCCAAAAGUGUUUGAUCAUUUACUCCAAAUUUUGCUCAUCCUGUUUUCUUAGAUGGUAGGAUUUUACAAAAAAAAUUACAUACCUCGAGAUUUCAAAGCGAUCACUUAGUAAUCGUUUUGGAGUCGUCAAGCGAUUUUCCAAAACGGGAAUACCAUAUUUUUACAAGCACAUUUAAAAGCAAGUGCAAAUGACGUCAUAUUCGCUGAGCGAAACACCGCGUAUUGAAGAACGAGAAUACCGGCACUGGCGUCGGUUUGCUGACGUCACCACUGGUUACAACAUUAGCUAGCUGUCAUCUAUUUAAACCAGUUUGUCUACGGUUGCUGGCGACGUCGCCAAGUCACUCCAGUGAGGUAGCACGCUUGCGUGUGUUCAAGUAGCUAAAAACAUUUUGAUGACUGAAUCGAUGGACAUAUCACUUAAAAGAUACCGCAACGUAUGACUUCAAAUAGCCAUUACGUUUCGUAAAUGUUUCUCUGUAGUUUUGAGGUUUGUAAGUUCAUCUGACUGGUGUAGUAUAUAUAUGCGAUGCGAAGUGACCCGCCCGCGUUGUGAUUCUGUGAUUGGCCCACUUUUUUCUUGUUUGACGCGGCUGCUAAAUAUUAUUAACUAUAUAGAGAUGAAAAUAAAGAACCUUAGACGUCUCUCCGUCGCAAAAAAAUAAAACUCGUGUUGUACAGGCUAAUCAAUAUGAUACGUUGAAAAUUAUUUUUGACAAAUAACUAUUACCACUGUAUUGUAUAAGUGUAUAGGGGGGAAAGUGUAGGUCCUAGUGUAUAUUAUUAUUGUUGGGUUUUAACUUAGCUAUUUUUCGACAAUCCACUGUUGCUGCGCCCAGUUCGCAUAAAAUAAUAUAAAUGAGACAGAUGAUAUUCUGGAUCAAUAUACAAAACUGAAAAAAUAAAUUGGUAUGCAACGACAGUCUAGACAUGUAAAGUUGAUGUGGUACAGUUCUAUCAUACACUUCUGGAAGACUACUAAAGAUAACCAUUAUGUAAUUUUAAAUUUAAGAAUAACACACUGGUAAAGCCCUACGACAAGUGAUAAGAUGCAAUUGUUUCAGUUAUAAUUGAAGAUGGCAUCUUCCGAAUUCAGUAUAUGUUUGCAAUCAAAUAUUUUUAUGGUGUUCUAGAGGAAUAUAAUAGAACGAUAUGAUCGGGUCCAAACUCAUCUACUUCAUAUAAUGCCUGCUUGAAUUUUGUUAGUAAACAAGUUUCCAUGUAACCAUUCGUUGGAUCUUUGGAUUUUCUUAGUCAAAUCACACCCAGUGAGACAUAUUUGCGGUAAUGUUUGGAGUAGAUGGGUCAAUGUUUCCACUGUUUAAUGUGGAAGAUAACGGGAAUCAGUGUCUGAGUGUGGAAAGAAUGUAUUUGGUCGAUAAUUUACAUUCAAUUUGUACAUAUUUUUGAUGUAUUGUUUUUAUUUUGCUUUAUUUUUUCAUAAUUUUGUAAAUUAAUACCAUCGGGAACCACAGACUUUGAUAUGUCACAUAAUAUACCAGCUUGGUUAUUUUUAGAUACCAGCCUUACAUCAGUUUGGUACAGCCAUACAUAUAGACUGAGAGUUAUUCAAAAUUUGUGAAUAUAUGGACAUGAAAGACAUAUAGGAAUCUUUUCAUACCCAAGUAGAAGUAUCGAAUAUGUCAACUCUGAUGUUUUGCCAAUAAAAAGUGGGGAUUGUUGUAACAGUGGCGUCUCAAACUGUUUCUGAAGCAACUUCCUUUAUAACUAGAAUAAUAUAUUUUCAAGAAUCUACAAUUGCUAGUAACAAAAAUAUGGUUCAAAAAUUCGAAACUCAGAUCAGCGAAAUUAGAUGAAGUGAAGGAGGUUGGAUCAGUGCUGUAGAAGUCAGUAUUGAAGAUCUGGACUUGAAACUAGAAAAUGAAGUCAACUAAAUAAUGGCGAACAUUGAUUUGAUAUCACUGCACCUUGUACUAAGACGGUUAUUCAAAUUUGUGACUAUGCUGACAGGAAAGAUAUCUCUCACGUGCCCAAGUAGAUUUACAGAAUUUUUUUGUUUCUUUUGCGUAAAAAUCUAAAUGUUAUUUAAGUUACUAAUGAUUUAAGAUAUCUCGUAUUGUUCCAUGACCGUCCAACAUUUACAGCAAGUUGAGUCAGCAAUCCUAAUCGCGAAAUUUUCGGGUGAAUAAGUGCUGAAAUAAUCAAAUUGUUGACAACAUUAAAAUAAAAUAUGCGUCCAAUUAAUCACCAGUGCGGAAUCCCUCCUGGUUACAAAUGUUCUAUUUGAUUUGGAUUUCUUCUUUUUUUGGAGUUUAUAUAACUGAGAUGACAUUUGUAGUAUGGUGCAAAAUUAAAAGAGUUGUAAUAUCUAAAAGUAACCAAACAAUGUUUAUAAAAAAUUCUGCUAAGGAAUUGGAAACGGCAUAAUUUUCGAGUCAGAUGUAGAAAACUGUCUGGUAACCUCUGCGAUUUCCUAAUAUUAACAUCGAUGGCUUGUUCCCUUGUAUUAUAAGUUAUUGUUCUAAGGCGAUUUGUAUAUUUAUUUGAGGUAUAUAAAAUAUGCCGUCUAAUCUAAUUAUAACAUUAGAAAUUGAUGCGUGUAUAAAUGGCACCGCGUUAUGGAAUUGAAUCACUUUCCAAAAAAACAAAAUAAGAAAAAACUCAAUCGUUGAAAUUCGCUCGAUAGUCGAAUUUUUAGUCGUAUUUUAACUUAUGGGCUGUGCAUGUACAUAAAAUGAACUACGGUGUCGUGGCAACAGCUUGGAGUUACGUUAUUAUUGCUAUCUUUUCAGUUUAUCAGUAUAUGUAACUUACCUUAAGACUGUUAGCUGAUUACUUUUAAAAUUGUUAUUUUAAUCAUUGAUUCAUAGAAGUGCUUCGGUUCUACACCUUCCACGACUCAUUGAGCCUACUAAUUUUCCUACUUGCCAUAUUGUCCUUGGAAACUUUAUAUGUUGUAAACCUGAUGUGUUUCCACACACCAUUAUUUGAAAUAUGUUCGACAAAAUACCUUUCUGUUCCAGUGAACCAGAAUAGGGUACAUAUAUAUGAUAAAUGAUGGUAAUCGUAUGUAUGUCCAAAAGCUUUCAAAACCACGUGUAUCAAAGAAUAAACUAUCCUGAUUUUCAGAAUUUGACGUUCUCUUUUAUUUUGUACUUGUAUAAUUCACACAACUGUAACUAACUGCACCCUAAGGCACUGUGUAUAAACAUGAUUUUUUUCUGUAUAUUUUAAGCGUUGCCCUUAAUCAAUACAAGAACAACUUCACAUAAUAAUCAAAGACUGAAAUUUAUGUUUCAUCUUGUUUUUGUUUUUAACAUUUGAGUUGUAUUCAAUUUUGGAGGGGUUUCCAAGGUUUUUUUCAUUAUGUAUCGAUAUAUUUCCUUUGUUACAAUGUGGACGUAUCAGUGUUCCAUAUAGAAACUUCUAGAACAAAUACUAAUUAUUAUCAUACAUAAAGCUUUCAUUAUAUUUAUAUACCCAUGAUUUGUAUGUUUUCAUCAUAUUGCUUACUGAUAAUUUCGCUAUAUUUUUUUUUUUUUGAAGAAAUGCUUGCUUUGAAAAUGUCUUUGUAAGGAACAAAAAUAUUUUAUGCAUAACUUAUGGUACAAUAAUUGAUGCCUAUCAAACCGCCAAGAGUUUUAUGAUUAUUCUAGGUCAGACAGUCAAAUUAUUUUAUGUAUUUUUACCUGGCGUGGCGUUUUUGAACUUCUUUUAUGGUAAUUUUUGUGUGAUCGAUACACACGGAGUCAGUGGAAGGUGUUAUGUUUUAUUUACAUAUACCCAUCUAAUUAUUGAAUAAUCCUAUGUUUAUUUUGUGUGCAAGUUAUUAUUAUAGGUAACAACUUACUAUUAUUUGUUUCAUUUGUGUAGGGGUGUUGCUUUAUGUUUGUUCUGAGGGUAGCGCCCGAUUAUUAAGAAAUGGUUAAAAGUAUAAGCGCAUUUUUAUUCGGAAAGCUAAACAACCGUUUGAUAUAGGGUUUGGUUACAUUUUCAGUUUGUUUUAUUGGAUGUUGAAUAAAUGUUAAAUCGAAAUGUUGGGGGAUUUUUUUAUUUUUCAUUCAUCUUUCGUAUCACUUCAUUUUGUAAGUAUCCCAUAUAAGGAAGCUCACACUCGUGCAGGGUAUUGCGGUUAGGUAAAAUUCGCGAAAGGUGUGAUUUAUAACUUUUAGAAAAUAAGUUAUUAGUAAAACCUAGCUGCCUAGAUUUGAGGGUCCUAUGAGGAAGAUUAUACGACUUUAGUAUUUAGUUUAGUAACAAAGUAGAAUUGUCAGUUUGAAAUUCAUUUUUUUCCUAAUCUCAAUGCCUUGCAAACCCAGCCUUAACAUUUAAGUUAUGAAAACGAUACAAUGUCCGCGGAAAAGAAGUUAUCGGUUUUGGAAUUGGACAUGGAACAAUCAACACCAUUGUCUACGCCGUUGAUGGAAUAAAGAUAAAAUCUUGGCAGCGCUUACCAAAAUUCAUUUGACUGGACUAUGUCAAGGGUCACAGAUUAGUUUUUCGCGUGGUCUUGUACAUGGUUUAAAGCUGAAUAUUAUUUUACGGAGCUCCCUAAUGCUUUUUAUACUAUUCUUUCUGAUAAUAUUCAUACAGGUUUGACUUAUAGCCUUUACUUGAUUUUAUAGCAAUCAACCUUGGUGUUAACUACUAUCGAGUAGUAGGUAAGUAAUCAUGUGACGCAAUAUUAUUAUGUAAAGUGAAUAAAUUGGUGUGAAAGACGCAGUUGAAAAAAUAUGUGGGAAUAACUGUUUGCGUGUUUAAUGGAAAAGGAAGAGAUACUUGAUUGUUAAGUGGAAUCACAAAAUGCCAACUAUGAAAAAUUUUACUACAAUCGUAUGUGAUUUUUAGGAUAUGGGGUCAUCCAACAUAUCAAAUGUGGAGCUUAUCGUCAAUUGAUAUUUGGAAAUAUAUUAUUUUAUUAACGCAUUGGCUGCUUUGUCGGUCCUGUCACUGCAUACCUACUUUUAAGUUGUUACUUAGGGCUGUCAUUCAUGAGUUCUGUGUCCAUACAAGUUUACGUGCCGCGGAAUGCACCGAAAUAAAUAUUUAUAACCUUACAUAUUAUAUUAAAUAAAACUUAAUAACGUGUUUUUUAAAAUUGUACAAGGAAAUUCGUUGGCGUUCAGUGCGUUAAUAAAGAAUUUAACCCUUUACCGCCAAAUAUAUGUUAUUAUUCUGAAAUCGUUUAUUAUGUAGACAUACUGAUUCAGUACUAGUGAACAAAUAAUAGUAUUUGAAAAGUUAUACAGCAUGUUAUCACCACUAUUACAUAGCCAGUCACCGUAGGUAGCGUGAACGGCAAUAUUGGCUUGAUGCCUGCCUAAUAAACAAAUUCGGCCUGUAACUCAACUCGCUAUUCCCCUGUGUUUCAAAUCGCAUAAUAUUCGGUCCGGUAAUACUAUUGAUUAACUCCACCAAGUGACACCAAAAUUGCCGUUGAAGGUACUUGCCCAUUGAAGCGAAGAGUAGCGACAGUAUGGUGUCCCAGCUGUACAAAUAUAAUAUUCAUUUUAAGCAUUAUGUAUGUAUGGUGGUUGUCCUCUUUUCACUUAUGCUAUACCAAUGUAUGACAAAAAAGAUGCUUAUUAUUAUUAUUAUUUUUGGACUACACAUAUUACAUCGGGAUAAAUAUGAAUUAUAAUACGAGCCCCUUCCCACACUUGGCCCACUUCAAGAUUUGUACCAAAAUAUGCCUUUAUAAACUAAACAUGACGAAACUAUUUACUUCUAAAACAAUUUAUUUUCUCAAAAACAUUUUAGAUAUACUCUAGUCGUAAAAAGUACAUAUUUGAAAUCACUUAGACACCUAUAACUAAUAGAACAUGUGAACAAAUAAACAAUGUGCGAAGUUAACAAAGCAACAAUUGAAAGAUUACCAUUGGGUAACAUCACCUUUAUUUUUUAUUACGGCUGAAAUUCUUUGGGGCAUAAUGUUAACCAAGUUUUGGCAAACAUUUGAUGUAAAACAAUCCCAUAUUCUUGAAGCUUUUGUCUCAGUUCGGUGAUUGUACGAGCAGGAUGUUGUAGAACAUUUUUCAACUCGUGCCACAAAGUGUCAAUAGGUGACAGAUCUGGACUGCUAGAAGCCCAUUUCAAAAGUGAUAGAUUAUUUUCUUCCAUCCAUUUUAUAACCUUUUUGAGGUAUGGCACGCUGCACCAUCUUGCUGAAACACAAAAUCUUGGCCGGAUGUCAAACAUUCUUCCAUCACUGGUAAAAGCGAUUCUUCUAAAUUGCCAAAUUUUUGUUUGUAUUCACAUUUCCAUCAAUUAAAUGAAGUUUUCUUACUCCUUUUGAUAACAUACUGCCCCAGACCAUAAUGGAUGCUGGAAAUUUCACUUUUCUUUUCAGACAGUCAACAUGGAAUGCUUCAAUUUUUUUUGCGAAUAACUCUACUGCGACUGUCACCAACACAAACUUCGAAUCAGGCCUCAUCACUCCAUUUUGUAUUGCACACCAUUGUUGAGGUGUCCAUUGUCUAUGUUCUUUAGCCCAUCUAAGCCGAUUUUUCUUUUGCAGUGGAGUUAAUAGUGGCUUUUCUUUGGCCUAUAAACAAGUUGUGAAACUUUAGGGUUUUUACUUCACUUUUUUUUGUAUAAGAAAACUUACCUUGCAAGUGCUAAAUCCCAGUUUGUGGGCCUCUCUAUGAGUUGUGGACCUCGAAAUUCUCAUUCCAACAGCGUCACUCCACAGAGCACUUAAUUGUAAAUAAUUGUCACGCCUGUUUUUCACGAUUAUUCUUCUUAAUGCUCUUCGGUCGGCAUUUGUGAUAUUACUUUUUUCACAUAUCGUGGCUUAAUAUUAACUGAGCCAGUUACGUUAUAUCUUCUAACAAUAUUUCUCACACUGUACCGCGAUAAGUCUAGCAAAGUUGCAAUUUCUGAGUUUGAUUUCCCAGAAUUAAAAAAUUUAAUUAUCAGUAACCGAAUUUUCUCACUAAUAACCUUUCCUCUACCCAUUUUGAAAACCUUAACUACCCAAAACUAUUCUGACAGCUGUGAUUAAUAAAAAAAAUUGUCAUGGCUUUUAUUUUUCACUGCCACCUAUGCGUUAUAGACUUAUUGUGUAUUGAAAUGAAAAUAGGUUGGAAUGCUGUAAUUGCAACAUGGGUUAUUUUUAUGCUGCAAAUUUGAUUAUAUAUUCUCAAAAUAUUCAUUGUUAAUAUUUUAAACCUAUAACACCCUGCUACAUUUUUAUUAUUUGUGUUUGAUAAGAAAAAAACUAACAUUUCAAUAGUUGGGCUAACUGAAGUGGGAAGGGGCUCGUAGCACUGUAAAUUGUAAGCUUCGCAUGAGUGGGCAGCUAAAAUGACAUGUUGCUCGAGGGAAUUUAACAAAACAACCUUUGUUGUGUUUGAUACAAGUGCCAUUUAUAAAGUAAGGACCGUUUUGUAAUGGAGUCAAACUACAUUUUAUUUUUCAACAUGGUCAUCAUAAAAAUUUGUCUUUUCGAGUCACCAGCUUUUGGAUCCCGUCGUCAAGCUCUUUCCACUAAAAAAUUCCUUGAAUUUUGGAAAAAGAUGGUGCUAAGCCAGAGCUGUAUGGUGGGUGAUCCAGUAAUGCCAGCGAAUCUUGUGCAACUGCGCCUCUGUUCUUUCCACAACACGAGGCUGAGCAUUGCCGUUGAGUGGAAUGACUGCUAAAGAGCAGGUCCCGCCGAUUUCACUGUUUCACAGCACCUCUCGUCAUUUAUUGCUGGACGAACUAUUUGCGCCUUAAAAAACGAAUUACUGAGCGCAUUUCACAAUCGGCGGGUUUACUGACCGACAUGACCACAAACAAAGCAGUAUAACCAUGUAAUCGACAGAGAGGUGAGACUUAAUGGCGGCAGUGAAAAGCUAGUCGAGAGUGUCCGAGGUUGAACGGACGUCACGUGACAGGAUGCCCAGGCAUGAUACGCAGUCGGUUCAUACUUUCAAAAUUACCCUCGUGCAAUCUUCCACAUCGCAAGUUGGACCGUUUCCACAAAAUUUGUGUUACUAUACUUUUCUCUUGCCAACUGACUACUGUUGCUCUGGUGACAAGGCCUAAAUUAUAGGCACCCAUUAUCGUAACGUCAGAAUAUCGUUAUGACGGAUAGGAAUAUGUAUAUACUCGGCGACAAAGAAAAGAGAACACCAAGUAAAAAAGAAUUUUGUAUACAGUCAGACAUAUGCAACAGGAAGUAGCGACUAAAUCUUCAAGCGAAACAUUUGCUGGUUUAUCCUAUUAAUGAGCUGAGUCACCCCAAUGCCAUAUGCAUUCGUCCAGUGGUCGAGGCAUGAUUUCUUGAGGUAUCUCAUCUCAAGCUAGCUGUACUUUAAACAAGAUAGAUGGCGCUUUGCUCUAUCUCAUGUAGCUGUACUUUGUUCCGAAAAGUUAUUAGCGUCUUCUGCCUUUUUACUGGGUAUUCUUAUUUUAUUUUUCACUGAGUAUACUAAGAGUUGCUUAAUUGAGUCAUUGAUGAUGAUUACUUGUACUUAUACCAGCUGAAGCAAAACGUGUGUAGAAUAUGAAUGAAGUUACCUGUUGAAUGCCAACUAAAAUGGUCUAACAGUGAACAUAUCAUGACCUGCUAAAGCAUGCUUGUUAUAGCGCUAUAAUUCACGCACUGAGUGAUAGCAAAGGUAAGCAAUGAUAUGUGAAAAUACGGAAUGCGUAUUAACAUAAUGCAUACAACUAUUUUUACACUGCAGCCAGUGAAUUAAUUUGGUUUUUGUGAUGACUAAGCAUUUACAAAUCAAUAAUCUCUUGCAUUCCAGCCUUUCAUCAUAAACUCUUAGACUCAUGUGUACCAAUAAUGAUAAAUGCUGAAUAGGUUUGUUUACAGUAGAUUAUUCUUCAUUUAAAAAGUGAACUGUGAUAUAUUUAAAUUUCUCUCAGUCAUUGAGUGGUGAAAAACUUAAAAAUAUGUUUGAAAGGUGUUUCUGAAUGAACCAAACAUGUAUUUUUAUAUUUUUAUAUGAACUUGGAUUCUUUUAGCGGCAAGGUAAGUAGCUGAAAAAUUCAAUAAACAUGCUAGUUGACAUUCAAGGUUGAAUCAGUGUACAUUUUAUAAACAAAAGUACAGAGUACGUGAUAUACCCGCUGGAUGUAUUUGCACGUUUGAAAGAAAAAUAAGUGGUAUAUUGCGUGAGAUUUUACAUUCGCGUUGCUUGUAUAGAUUUAUCUGAAUGUAUAUAUAAUGUAAGAUUAAUGUAUUAUAGUGACUAAAAUAGUUUAGUCAAAAAAGUAUAUGUACUGUUACAAUUGUAGAUAUUUGUUUUACACUUGGUUAGAGGCAUAUUACGACUAUUGCACAGUCUUGCGGGUCAUAUUGAGAGUCGUAAUAAUGUAACAGUUUAACAAGUGGUAAAGCUGCGUGGUUGUUGUGAUUGUUGUCUCAAAGGACCAAGUAUCGCACUUGAAACAUUUAUAGAAAGCUGCAAGCUUUUAUCAGACAGGGAAUUAUGUGAAUCACUACCAGUUGAGGCCAUGAGCAUUCCACCAGUCAUUAUACCUCACAGCUCUUGGUUAUGCCUCGAGUAUUUUUUCCAUACACAAUAUAAGCAACUGAAGAAAAUUGCAAAAAAUAUCAGCAAACGCCUUAGCGAAUGGUAUAACCCUGUUGAGGUCUACUACGAUGAUCCUAAGAUUUAGGUGUAGAGUAUACGUCUUUUUUAAUCAGAAAACACUGAUAGCUUUUUGUAUGUUAUUAUAUAUUCGAAAUAUGUAUGGUGUUAUACUAAUUCUCCAUAUCUAAGCUAUAAAAAUUCUCUAAGCACUCGUAAAUCAUCAAAGAUUGAAUGUGGGAAAGGUAUAAGUUAUGUACCAACAUUGAAUAACGUAUUCUGGUUAAUCAAUGGUAUGAUUUUUUUGUAUGAAACCUGGAAUUGAUUUACUCCUAAAAAUAAUCAGGAUACAAAACAGUUAUAGAUUUUUAUGUUAUUACUAAAAAUGUCGAAUGUAGAUGAUUUGUUCUGUCUGCAAACUUCAAACAUGUGUUUAGGUAGCUUUUAAAAAAAAUAACACGUUUACAGUUAAUGGUGUCAACUGAUAAAAUCUUAUAGAUGUGCAUAAAGUUUUUGAUAAGGUGUAAAAAUGUUACAUUUUCAGUACUCCUUCUGUUAAGCAAUUAGAGGUUUAAUGUUCAUAUACAUAAAUGAUGUAUAAAAUGUAUAUAAUAUUUUAGGAACAUUUCUGCGACAAUGACAAAAAACUGAAUGUUCAUUCACAUUACUACUGUAUAGUCCUUAUAAUAGCCUCAUGUGUGAAACAUUGUCGUAUUGUCACAAACUUCAUGCAAAAGUAAACGCCCAAAUUCCUUCAAUUUUCAUCUAAUGGGAAUCAUUUGUAAGUGAGGACCCAUAGCAGACCAAUGCUUUCAUUUGUAAUUAAAAUGUGUGAAAAUACAUACUUUCUGUUCUAAGAAAAGUCCCUUUCAACAUUUGUUGUCAUUAUCAUUUUCAGUAAAAUUAGCCUGCCACUUUAUCAGUAUACUUUAUGAAUGUCCUGUGUUGAGAUAAGUCAAUACACAUGAGGCUAUUUCUAAAGUGUCACAAUGUAAAGACUGUUGUAUAUCGGUAUAACAAAUAUUCUGAACUAUGUCAAAUAGCUGACAUUGCUAUUAUACACUGUAUGGAAAAUCCUAAGAGCUUUCUUCACCUAAUAUAUAGUUACGUUUUUUUUAACGCAAUUUUAAGUUCAAUUUUAUCAACAAUGGGUCAAUGUGUAUAAAUAUACCUUGUCCGAUUUUUUUGCAGACACUAUGCAAAAAUGGGGAACUAACUAACAUUUGAACUUAGUUCAAGCCAAAUACACCAUUUUGAUUAACUUUAGCAAUGACAGUCAUACCUUUUAACAAUAAAGUAUGUUUCAGUAUAAAUUAAGACAAUAAAAAUAAUACUGUUUUAUAACAAUUGAUCCACUGGUUGGCCUACUGUUAAUUGUGGUUUGAAUUUAUCUAAAGAAAAUGUGCUCUGAUAUCAAAAAAGUUCAAACUAUCGCAAAUAUUUCAUCCUUGUAGUUUACUUGGUGCAUUUUAGGGGAAAUUGCAAAAAACCCUUAAGGAAAACUGUGAUUUUCGUCAGUUUUAAAAAAAAUUCUGGAGAAUUCAACCUUUUACAUUUGCGAUUCAUGUACAUCAGGUUCAAUUGUGUGAUACAACUGUAUGAACUUUUUGAUAGCUUGAUACAUUUUUUGCAGAAAGUUCAGAACAUCUGUAAUCUUGCAAUCCUUCUAGAUAUGUUAUAUCUUUUGAUUAGAUUUGUUCAUAAAAGGAACAGCAUACAGCUUGUACAGAGAUUAGCUUUUCAGAUUGAAGAGGUUGGAUAUCGCUUAAGUUUUGGUUGUUUUUGUUGAAUAUUUGAGGAAUAAAGGG